CUCAAGCGAGGUGCAGACUCAGCUUGUGGCGAUGACACGGGAACUCUCAAAGACCUCAUUGCUUCUUGGGUAAAUAUUGAGUACUGUCCAACUCCACUCAUAAGGACCGACGACAAGCACCAUCGAGGUUUCGCGAGCGAUGCGUGCGGUAAACUGCUCUGCCCAGCAGAAUGGCGCUGGGAGGACCCAGCUGGCAUUCAUGACCGUACAAUCGCUUUUAUCGUUUCUGAGAAUUCAUGGCCGUCAUUCAUGUAUGAGAACUAUGAAGCUGACGCCAAGAAUCUGGAGCGCAGUCUUUUCAAGUCGAGGCUGCUGCUCAUCGCAUUGCAGGGGUUAAAAGCCAUCUUUACAUCUCCCUCAUCUGCCAAUGAAGUGGAUGGUGAGGGUGAGGUGAAGACAUGUGUUGCCUCUAUCAUAGGUAUGAGGAAGGUGACUCCUCGCGCAAUCACGUAUGCAGCUUGUCAAAUUCGAUUUGCACUUUCCAACCUCACCUCCUGGCACACAGUGGACGGAGACUUUGACUAUCAUAUCUUCUGGAACAACAUCGUAGAUUUCUUCGAA